AUGUGGCGUCAUAUUCUUUAUGGUAGGAUAAAGGGCUGCAACAAUAUGGAUAGGAGUUGGAUGUCUAUUAAGAACUACCUAGACCCCAAGUAUUUAGAUGGAGUUGAUGAAUUUAUUAAGUUUGCUUUUCUAGGCAAGGAUCCUAAUUGUAAACUGCCAUGUCCUUGCAAAGUAUGCAAUAAUUUUGAGGAUCAAACUAAGGAAGUCAUGGCCAAUCACUUGUGUCGAGGAAUUGUUGAUAGUUAUACUAGGUGGAUAUAUCAUGGCGAAGGGUUUGAAUCUGAUGAUGAGAAUGAUGACAUAGAAAUAAAUGACAACGAUAGUGACUUUGACAGUAUGGAGGAGCUGUUAAAUGAUGUAGGAGUUGCUAACUUUGGUGAGAGUUGGAGACAUUCACCGGAACUUGAUACGGGUGCUUGUACCGAGAAAGAAGGAGAAGCAAGUAGGUUUCUCAGAUUAUUAUCGGAGGCUGAAAAAUCUCUAUACCCGGGCUGUGAAAAGUAUUCAAAACUCUCGUUUAUUGUCCAUAUCCUCCACUUGAAAACAAUGAAUCGGUGGACUUGUAAAUCUACUGAUAUGUUGCUGAAGUUCUUGCAUCAAGUAUUUCCUACAGCUUUGAUUCCCAGUUCAUAUUACGAGGCAAAAAAUUUCAUCCGUGAGUUGGGGCUGAAGUGUGAAAAGAUCCACGCCUGUGAAAAUGAUUGCGCACUUUUUUGGAAUGAAAAUAAAGGCCUUGAUCAUUGUCCAAAUGAAAAAUGUAAAGCACCGCGGUAUAAAUCUCCAAAUUCCAAAAUACCUAGAAAGGUGUUGCGUUAUUUUCCAUUAAAACCAAGGCUGCAAAGACUGUUUGUGAACAAAGAGAUUGCUCGGGAUAUGAGGUGGCAUAAGGAGAGACGUGUAGAUAAUGAGAACAUGAUGCGACACCCUGCUGAUUCAUUAGCUUGGAAGGAUUUUGAUAGAAAUCACAAGUCCUUCGCUGAAGAUCCUAGAAAUGUGAGGCUAGGACUUGCUAGUGAUGGCUUUAAUCCCUUUGGAACCAUGAGCAAUUCAUACAGUAUAUGGCCUGUUAUCCUUGUUCCUUACAAUCUACCUCCUUGGAAAUGCUUAAAAGAUCCAUUUUUUUUCCUAUCAAUGAUUAUUCCUGGUCCCAAAGCACCUGGAAAUGACAUUGACAUAUUCUUUAGACCACUAGUUGAUGAGUUAAAAGAGUUAUUUGCCACUGGUGUGGAGACAUAUGAUGCCUUCAGGGAGGAGAAGUUCAUGUUACGUGCAGCACUUUUGUGGACAAUAAACGAUUUUCCAGCAUAUGGCUAUUUGUCGGGAUGGAGUACAAAAGGGUACAAGGCAUGUCCUGUGUGCUUAGAUGAGACGACUAGUCUAUAUCUUAAUAAUGGUCACAAAUGUUGUUACAUGGGCCAUCGCCGUUUUCUGCCUAUUGAUCAUAAAUGGCGUCGAGAAAAAAAAAUUUAA